CCCACCGAAUUGUAUUUAUGAGAGAAAAAGAGAGGAUGGCAAGGUUGGUCAAAUAAGUGACGGCUCUCCAUGCGUCAACGUGUUCCUUCAUGAGCCAAAACUUGUCCUUCCAAAAUCCCACAGAAUUACCAAAGCCAAUUCAGGCACCGGAGAGAGAGAGAUGUCUCUUCCAAGACCAACAGAUCCCUUACCCUUGCCCUCAAUCUACGAGUCCUCACAGCAGCUUGAGCCUACUGCUGCUAGCUCUUCGCUUUCGCACAACAAGGGGAAAGUAGAAGAAAGCGACGAAGAUCUUUUCACGGUUCCAGAUGUGGAAGCUCCACCCUCUACUGCUAUUCCUAAUACUUCUAUUAACAAGAAUGAUCAGCGCCGCAGCCGCAGGGGACGGAACCCUGUUGAUAAGGAGUACAGAAGGCUCAAGAGAUUACUAAGGAAUAGGGUCUCUGCUCAACAAGCCAGAGAAAGGAAGAAAGUUUAUGUCAAUGAGCUGGAAUCAAGGGCCAAAGAAUUGCUGGACAGCAACUCAAAAUUAGAGGAGAAAAUUUCAACUUUGAUCAAAGAAAAUGCCAUGCUUCGGAAGGUUCUUAUGAAUACUAGGCCAAAAGUUGAUGACAGCAUCGAGCCUAAGCUGAAGUGAGAUCCUCUCUUUCUUGUUAUUCAGUGGUCUCUUGUUACUGCGAGUGCCAUUACUCAUAAUUCCCAAAUCUUAGAACCCUAUUCGGUAAGCUCUUGAUGAGUGUUCAUAGGGUCAACUUUAUGGAUUUGUUACCCGUGUCAAAUGAACUGUACUGUCAUCAGUAGUAAUUUACUUGAUAUUCUAACAAUGUGAUGUAUAUAUAUCCAUAAACCUUACUGUUGAUCGCGUCCUACUUGUAUUUAUGGGAACACAAUGAAUAAGAAAUAGAAGUAUUUAGCAA